AACUUGUCAUCAUUUCUACUUCAUUUACUGAUUACACUGAACUCACCAUAUUUACUGAACCUAUUAAACCUCCCAUGCUUACCGAAUCUACCAUACCUAUAGUUAAUAUAGAAUCUAUCGAAUUUACAGAAUCUAAUGAACCUACUAAUA